AUGACUCCAGAAGCAAUACUUAGAAACUCUGAGAGAAGGGAGAGAAGGUCUCGAUUUAGCUUAAAAAGGCUUGCAAGGGUUAUUAGGAAGGUUGGUAGUAAAGUAUCUGCAUCCCUAUCAAACACAGCGGAUAUUCUUAUGUGCAGGAUGAGCACCCCUGUGAGUUCUGAUUCUGAUGAGGAGAGUAUCAUCAGGGUACGCAUGAUUCCUGCGAGUCCAGUAACAAAUGUACUUAUUAAUUCACAUAUAGAAGAAUCCAUUGUACAUAAUCAGGAGAAGGAUAAUUCAACCACUGAGUGCAGCACAGAAGGUUCUAAAAAGUGCUCCAGUGAGGAUCAUGCACCAGGAGAUUUAAAUGUAUCAGAAAGUAUUCCAGCAGGAGUAUCCAUGAACAGCAGUAAAUCAUCCUGUAUAAGUGAAAUAAUCCAGGCGGGUGAUAACCCUAAAUUACAUUCAUUACAGGACGAGUGUACAUUUUGCACAGACUCCACAGAUCCAAUUAAUACUUCACUGAGUAUAUCAGAAGGUCUUUAUAAAGAGACUUCUUCUAUAAGAUCAAUUAUACCAUCCAGUGUACAUAAGACUAAUCAUACGAUUAUUUCAUGUGUAGAGGAGUUUAUUGAGCAAUUAUACAGGAUAGUUAUACAUUCCAGUCCAAUGAGGGAUUCUUCUUAUUUACCUGUUCUUAUGCUAUUCUAUUUAAAGCAGCGUAAGUACACUAUCCCCAGUGAUUUAAUAGCAGCAGAAGAACUAUUCCAUGUGGUUAGUGCUGAUUCAAGCACAGCCACAUCAGAGGAUUUACCUGAUGAAGUAGUUGAGUAUUUGAUUGCAGAGGGUUUAGAGCCCACUGUGUGCAUUAAUUAUUGGAUGGCGUACAGGUGUACAUUAGAGCAAGUUUACAGCAAGUUUUACAGGAGUCUUCUUACAGCCGUACUGGCUCCUAAUAAGACGCACACUCGGACAGAGAGUACACUUUUAUUCUACAGGGAAGUAUUAUUCUGUGUAAGGGACCUUAUAUCAUACAGUUUAGCAGACAUGCAAGAAGAAGUACACACAAACACAGAUUUCACUGAGGAAACUCUCUUCACUAAUUUACUAGAGACACUCAGUCAGUCAAAGCGUGUACGGGAAUUCUUCAUGCACAGGAGAGUCACAAGCCAAUCAAAUAACAAGCCAUCCGUAUGUGACAAAGGACCAGUAGAGGCAAGUGAU